UAGAAUUUUAUGCACUCAACAGGUGUUUAUUAUUUUUUGUUAUAGAAAUUAAAUAGAAAAAAAAAACAAAACAAAACAUGAAUACAUCAACUCAUCAGUCAUACAUUCAGACAGUGCUUGGUCCAAUCAAACCGGAUCAAUUAGGAUUUACAUUAUGUCAUGAACAUCUUUAUCAUAAAGCUUAUACGCGAUAUUUUGUACCUAAACCAUUGGAUAAUAAAUAUUCGCAUUUGAAUUCAACACCAGUUACAAUAGAAAAUCUUUGGCAUACCGUCUAUCAUCCACAUAUUCAUGAAGAUAAUCUAGAUUUGACUAGUACAGCCGUACAAAAUGCUAUCGACGAUGAAUUGAAAUUUUUCAAACGUAAUGGUGGUAGUUCUAUGGUCGAAGUCACUACUUUUGGUACUGAUUUAGCAAAGUUGGCCGAAUUUUCUCGUAAAUCUGGUGUCAAUAUUAUUGGUAGUACUGGUUUCUAUGUACAUCAAGCGUUUUCAGAAUCGAUUCGAUCCAAAUCGAUUGAAAACCUAUAUGAAACAAUGAAAAAUGAAUUGAUUUCUGGUGUUAAUGGUAUCAGACCCGGUGUUAUUGGUGAACUUGGAUCAUGUUGGCCUAUUGAUUCAUUUGAAAAAAAUGUUUUGAUUGCAGCUGCUCAAUUACAAAAUGAAUUACGAGUGCCCGUUAUCAUUCAUCCUGGUCGUCAUUCUGAAGCACCAUUUGAAAUUAUCCGUAUAUAUACUGAAGCUGGUGGAAUUGUUUCAAAAACUAUCAUGUCACAUCUUGAACGAACAUUAGAUAUCGAACAAUUGAUUGAAUUUGCUCAUACAGGUGUUAUUUGUGAAUUUGAUUUAUUUGGCACAGAAAUAUCUUAUUAUGAGGCAGCAAAUCAUUUUGAUAUGCCCAAUGAUGCUACUCGUAUACGAUUGAUUCAAAAAUUAAUCAAUGAAGGUUAUGAUGAUCAUAUAACAAUAUCACAUGAUAUUCAUACUAAACAUCGUUUAAUGAAAUGGUCCGGUCAUGGUUAUUCACAUAUACUAUUGAAUGUAAUACCAAAAAUGAUUAGUCGUGGUAUUAAUGUUGAACAAAUUGAUCAAAUGAUGAUUAAAACACCAUGUCGUUGGUUAACAAAAUCGUUAUGUAAAAUAAAAAAUAUAUAUGUCAAGUAA